AUGGAUAUAGAAGCUCGUCAAGUAAAGAACCAAACAUUGUGUACAUCGACUAUCCAAACUUUAAUCGAUAUAUCUCGCUUCAGUUCAUACACAAAACUCUUGAGAAUUACAGCUUGGAUUUAUCGUUUUCUGAACAACUGUAAAGGUCGACAACAUUUUACUUCAGAAUUGACGGCUGAUGAGCUGAAUAAGGCAAGAAACUAUUGGAUUUCAGUUGUACAGAAACAGAGUUUUUCUGUAGAAAUCAACGCACUAGAGUAUAAUCGUUCCUUACCUAAAUCCUCAAAAAUUUCUCGGUUUCGCCCAUUUCUAAAAGAUAACAUUUUACGACUUGGUGGUAGGCUACAAUUCGCACGAAUAUCAGUUGAACAAAGACACCCAAUACUACUGGAGGGGUCUCAUUAUUUUGUGCACUUGUUGAUUAGACACACGCACAUUCGUCUACAUCAUUUGGGUGUUCGUGUAGUCCUUUUAGAAUUACGCUCCGAGUUUUGGAUACUCCGUGGUCGUCAAGCCAUUAAGCGAGUGAUUAAAACCUGUUUACCGUGCAAACUGUCUCAUGCUUUAAGUUCUAAUGAAAUAGAAGCCCCUCUUCCAGCUGACCGACUUACUCCUUGUAUGCCUUUCGAUACUACUGGAAUAGACUUUGCAGGCCCAGUUUAUAUUAAGACCUUUAAACCUUCAAAUACAGCUUACAUUACGCUAUUUACAUGUUCUACUACUAGAGCCUUGCAUAUCGAACUUGUUUCUGACCUUUCUGUAGACAAGUUUCUUUUGGCCUUGCAACGAUUUGUCAGUAGAAGAGGACUUCCACAUACUAUAUAUAGUGACAACGCCACUACCUUCCAUGCCACAAACAAAGAACUCAUUUUCCUAUGGAAUACAUUGACUUCAACGAAAGUGCAGCAAUUCUAUGCUCACAAUGGUAUAAAGUGGAAGUUUAUUGUACCACGAGCAGCUUGGUGGGGAGGAUGGUGGGAGCGACUAAUAGGUCUAACCAAACGAUGCCUUCGAAAAUCCCUUGGUCGCUCAUUACUAGAUGAGGAAGCCUUAACUACGGUAUUAGUGGGAAUAGAAGCCUCACUCAACAGUAGACCCUUGAUUUAUGAGCGUGGUGAAAAUGAUACAGAGGAAGCUUUGACCCCAGCUCAUUUCCUAACUGGUCGAAAGUUGACCAUUGUUCCAUCCGGACCUGAGUCAAGAAAUGAUAAGCUCACAAAUAUUUACCGGCAACAGCAAGACUUACUGGAUACAUUUUGGAAAAGAUGGUCCAAAGAAUAUCUUUUGGAGUUACGCACAUUUCAUCAAGUACGAAAUGUAAAGGAAACACCACGAGUACGAGUAGGAGACUUGGUCUUAUUACAAGAAGAUCUACGACCACGACAAAUGUGGAAGAAAGCUCUCGUGGUGAAAUUAAUCGAUGGCCGGGACGGAAGAAUUCGAACCUGCAUCCUUCGUGUCAAAGGAAAGGAGAUUACCCGUCCAAUUCAACUGGUCAUACCUCUGGAGGUUGACCAGGGUGGGGAGGAUGUUGCGGCAAGCAAGCAAGCAAACAAUUUCGUAUAA